AUGAAAAUUCAAAGCUUCGAUGAUCCCAUCGAUUUCCUAAUAAAAAAUUUGGAAAUUCCAUUAACCCUACCACCGAUCCUCGAACAAAUUUCCAAUGUUAAUCAAUCGCUCCCAUCUAUAAGAACGCUUGAUAUUUUUACCAAAGACCCAAUUCCUCGUAUUCCUCUCCAAACUCCUCAGUAUUCUCCUUUCCAGCGUGUCAGUCGAACCAGCCAACCAUACUAUCUUCGACUACCGGCAGUGAACCCAAUCCCAAUAGCAACACAUACAACUAUUUUAAUUCCUGUAAUCCGUACCGUCCCCGUCCCCGUUCCUGUGGCCUCAAUUCCAAAGAACAAAAAGAACAACGCGGGAUCUAAUUCCGAUAAUUAA